AUCUGGACAAUGCAUCCGACUCAAGGCUUCCUUGCCAAGCAGGGCUUGGCGCUCACCUCGUCUGGGCAUCCACUUUGCGACCGUAUCAAGCGCGACGUUUGCAUGGGAUGCUCGUCUUUCUUGCCUGCCCCGCGAAGCGAAGGGAUUGAUCGUCUUGGCCAAGCUGCAUACUGCUAGUACGCCGCAGGUGGCGCCACACCCCACGGGGUGUGCUAUACCCCGCAUGUACGUUACUCUACAAACCACAGUUGAGAUCAAGCUUGGCGAGGCUGGUAUAAAGACAGAUCAGAUGGCGGGACCUCUGAAGAACACAGCGCCUCGAGCCCUGAGCCCUCCGUCACGUCUCAGCCAUCAUGACUGAUCCCAUAAAAACCAAGAACUCGACCGAGCGUAUCGACGCUAUCAGUGUCAACGACCAGCCUCUCAAGCCCCAGUAUGAAGAGCUUGACAAGUUCGGCUCCACUGUGGUGAAGAAUCCUGCUGAAGUUGCUCUGGUGAAGAAGCUCGAUCGGUGGAUGAUGCCCAUUCUUUGGCUGAUGUACUUCCUCAACUUCCUCGACCGCAAUGCUAUCGUCAAUGGCAAGAUCGAUAACAUGGACAAAGAUCUUGGACUUACUGGCGUCCAAUACAACACUUGUGUUUCCAUCUUCUUCGUUGGCUACCUGCUAGGACAAAUUCCAUCUAACAUGCUUCUCAAUCGAAUCAAGCCCUCCUGGUACAUGUCCGGUUGGAUGAUGGCCUGGGCUAUCGUGUCUACUCUCAUGGCAGUGGUGAAGGACUACAAGGGCAUGCUGGCGUGCCGCUUCGUCCUCGGUAUUACGGAAGCUCCGUUCUAUCCUGGCGGUGUCUAUCUGAUUUCCAUGUUCUACACGCGUAAGGAGAGUGCUACAAGGAUGUCCAUCUUCUACACUGGCAAUCUCCUUGCCUCUGCGUUUUCUGGCCUCAUCGCAGCUCCAAUCUUCUCCGGUUUAGAGGGCAAGCAUGGCCUCGAGGGAUGGCGAUGGCUAUUUAUUAUCCAGGGUGUCGUUACUGUGGGCGUCGCUGUCCUCGCUUUCUUCAUGCUCCCCAAUGCACCCCUGCAGACACGCUGGCUCACACAAGAGGAGCGCGAACUCGCUCACAGCCGGAUUGCCUUCGAUACUACCGAGAAGGAAGGUAAAGUGAGCGUUUGGAAGGGUCUCCGCGAAGCGUGCACCGAUUAUCGGAUGUGGGUGUUUGCGCUCAUGCAGAACCUCCAUCUAUCCGCCAACGGGUUCAAGAACUUCCUACCCAGCGUCGUGCAUACUCUUGGCUUCAACCGCACCAUCACCCUUGUGCUCACUUGCCCGCCAUACCUACUCUCUGCCUUUGUCUCCGUAGCUGUUUCAUGGUCAUCCGGUCGCUUCAACGAGCGAACCUGGCACAUCACGCUCUCCAAAGGGGUCGCGAUCAUCGGCUUCAUGAUCGGAACGCUGACUCUCAACGUCGGCGCACGCUACUUCGCCAUGGUUCUCUUCGUCGGCGCCACUUAUGGUGUGAACAACAUCAACCUUUCGUGGACAGCUGCCAUCCUUGGUCAGACUGAUGAGAAGAAGGCCGUGGCCAUUGCGAUUGCAAACACUCUGGGCAACUUGUCUUUCGUCUACACUCCUUACCUGUGGCCCGAUACGAGCAAGCCUCGCUACUCGAUGGCCAUGUGGGCCAGUGUUGGAUUCUCUACUGGCGUGAUCGCCUGCGCUUGGGCGUUGAGAUUCAUUCUGAUGAGGGACAAUAAGAAGAUCAGGGCUGCGAACAGCGAGGCUAUCAACUUCUACGUUUACUAACGGCUUGCUGUAAAGAGGAGAUGAUGAGGGUUGCUCGGAUUUGGUCUGGACCACAAUUUGCAGCUGAUCGGAGAUUUGUGGCGAUAGGCGGCGUGUUCAUAGCCUCUUAUAAUAACAGAUUCG